GAGUCUCAUCUCUUUCUUUCUUCAAACAUCUCUCUCUCUCUCUCUCUCUCUCUGUAUUGCAGCAGUUGUUGAACAACAGAACAACAAACAUGUCUGCAAACAAUAAUCCAAACGAAUCGUACGAGGUUACGCAAUCACUUGCUGAUUCUGUUUCAAGUCUUGCUUUCAGUCCUAAAGCCAAUUUCCUCAUUGCUACUUCUUGGGACAAUCAGGUUCGCUGUUGGGAGAUUUCAAAGAAUGGUAUAACUAAAACUGCUCUUAACACUACACUCAAAGCUUCUAUUUCUCAUGAUCACCCUGUUUUGUGCUCCGCUUGGAAGGAUGAUGGAAUUACAGUAUUUUCUGGAGGUUGUGACAAACAAGUCAAGAUGUGGCCGCUUUUGUCCGGAGGGCAACCAAUGACUGUUGCCAUGCAUGAUGGGCCCAUCAAAGAUAUUGCAUGGAUACCAGAGAUGAAUCUUUUAGCCACAGGAAGCUGGGACAAAACCGUAAAGUAUUGGGAUACUAGGCAGGCCAAUCCAGUGCAUACUCAGCAACUCCCUGAUCGCUGUUAUGCGAUGUCAGUGAAACACCAUCUGAUGGUUGUGGGAACUGCAGAUAUGAAUAUGAUUGUCUUCAACUUGAAGAAUCCUCAGACUGAGUACAAAAGAAUAGUAUCACCCCUGAAAUACCAGACAAGAUGUGUUGCUGCAUUUCCAGAUCAACAAGGUUUUUUGGUUGGUUCAAUAGAAGGAAGGGUUGGAGUACAUCACCUUGAUAAUGCACAACAAAGCAAUAAUUUUUCUUUUAAAUGCCACAGACAAAACGAUGACUUUUAUUCAGUCAACUCCUUAAAUUUCCAUCCGGUACAUCACACUAUUGCAAGUGCUGGAUCUGAUGGUGCUUUUAAUUUCUGGGAUAAGGACAGUAGACAAAGACUCAAGGCUAUGAAAAGGUGCAGUCAGCCUAUACCUUGCGCUGCGUUCAAUAAUGAUGGUUCCAUAUAUGCUUACGCGGUUUGUUAUGAUUGGAACAAAGGUGCAGAAAAUCACAAUCCAACUACUGCAAAGAACUACAUUUAUUUGCACUUAACACAGGAUGAUGAGGUUAAGGGCAGGCCAAAACCUAGAACAACGGGUAGAAGAUGAAGUUUGGUGUUAAAGGUUCUGUGUUUUCGGUGCAUUCAUAGCAAGGAUUGGAUACAAGAAGCAACAUAUCAGUCGUUUAGUGUUUUGACGCAACAGCUAAAAUGAUUAGAUUCUAACUCAUUCUUUAGUUUUCAUCUCAAGUUUUCUUUCUUAGGUUUGCGUAUUUUGCUAUUCAGCGGGUGUACUUUUAUCAUGACUUACGGAGAAUUGAUGUAAGAGGCUUGCCUCGUUUUUUGUUAUGAAUGUUAUCAUCGUUCAAUGAUAUAU